AAAUCCUCAAUCCUCACCUCAGCGCUGGCCGGAAUGAGCAGUCUUUAAAAAAUGAGCUCCUUCAGUUUAGCAGCUUCAAUCUUCACCGGCGGCUACCGGAGUUUCGGUGCCUCAGUCACCCUCUUGCGCACUUUAGCAUCAACCCAUGUUAAUGUUCUCAAUAAGCGCCGCACUUGUAAUAAUUCUGUAGCUUGGUUUUCGAGUUCACAUAGGAGACAGUGUGGCUGUCAGUCCUCAAAACUAGAAGUUUCUUACACUUCUUCUGCUAAUAGUUGCUCAGACUAUGAUCGGUUGCUUCCAUGCCCCCCAUACAGCAGACCACUAAGAAUCGAACACUUAGUUGUUUCAGAGGAAGCUCGUGUGCUAGAUUAUAUCUGCAAGUCUCUGGAUCUUCCUCCUCUGUUUGUUGCAGACCUCAUCCAUUUUGGAGCUGUACAUUAUGCCCUUGUAUGCCCGAAGCCACCUCCAACAGCAACUCCGGAGCAGGUUGCGUUAUUUGAAAAGUUUACAGCCCCUUUGCUUCUCAAGAAGAGAGCUUCCAUCAAAGGGAAAACUGUGCGAGAAGCACAAAAGACAUUUCGGAUUACUCAUGGCGACCAGUUGCUUGAAGCUGGAACAUAUUUGCGAGUUCAUGUACAUCCAAAACGCUUCCCUAGGUGCUAUGAAGUUGAUUGGAAAUCAAGAAUUAUAGCUGUGACCGAUUCUUAUGUUAUUCUGGACAAACCUUCUGGUACAACAGUAGGAGGAACUACAGAUAACAUUGAAGAAACUUGUGCAACCUUUGCCACUCGUGCCUUGGGAUUUAAAUUCCCCUUGAAAACAACACAUCAGAUCGACAAUUGCACAGAGGGCUGUGUUGUUUUAGCCAGGGCCAUUGAAUACUGCUCAGAAUUCCAUGGGAAAAUCAGAGAGAAAAAGGUCAAGAAGCUUUAUCUUGCUCUUGCUGCAUCUCCUGUACCAGCGGGAAUAAUUACACAUUACAUGCGUCCUAUUAAUAUUGCUCCAAGACUUGUCUCAGAAGAAUCCAAAGAAAGGUGGCACUUGUGUCAACUUGAGGUCUUGGAUUGCAGAAAGGUUCCUUGGCCAGAUGCUGUAACUGAAGAAAAAUAUUCUGUUGAAAACUGCGGGUGGCCCUCAAAAGAUUUUGCGUAUGAGUGUAAGAUUAAUCUUUUGACUGGCCGAACACAUCAGAUUCGAGCUCAACUGGCUGCUAUUGGGGCCCCAUUAGUGGGCGACUCGAUGUACAUGCCAGCUGCAAUUGCAAAAAUGGCUAAUCCUGAACUUGACCCAUAUGGGAAGUAUAGAAAACAAUACACUGACGAGAGUGAUGAAGCAGUGGACGUUGCUGAUUGGAUUGCACGACAUGGGAAGGAACCGACUAUUGCUAUAGGUCUUCAGGCCUGUGAAAUUUCGUGGGAUGACGGUAAGCAAAAUUACAAAGCUGGAUCUCCCUGGUGGAGAUGUAGACUUGCUUAGAAUAAGUAUUGCAUCAAAAUUGAUUUCAUUUGUGAAAUGCUUUAUUUAUGGCAUGAGUAAAUGGAUACAGAACUGCGAGUUUUAGAGUAGCAACUCCUGUUUACAUGUCAUAUUUUGGAGUUGUAUAUCCGAUAGUUAGCGAUGAAUUUUCUGUACCAAGUUGCCGAUAGUUUUGGAGUUCUCUUCA